GGUCCUGGUCCCAGGAUGCACCGCUGCGCUGCCCCGGCCGGGCUGGGCGCACUCAAGUCUCGGCCUCUGAGCAGAGGAGAAAGGCGAAGGUCUGACCCUGUCACCCUGCAGCAAAGCCGUGACUUGGGUGCCUGUCCCCUCACAGGGUGAGGCCCUGUUCCUGUCCGCGCACAGACUGAGGCGGAAUCCUGGGCUGAGCUGCCUCCCCUUUGCUGUAACCCACAGUGGUGAAACAGGAAGCCACAUCCCAUCAGGAAGAACCAGAAAGUGCCAUCCAGUAGCUUUGCCUCACGUCACUGAUCGCCCUCAGUCAGAAAUCUAGACCUGCAACUUUAGAGGGUGGGUCGCUGAAAGAAUUUGAGAGCUUACGCAGAGAUGAGAUGUGUUGCUCUCUGACAAGAACAAGGCUGACUGGAACGCUGGAAAUCUGGCUCUGACUGCUCUUCACAGGCAAGGGGCAUCUAUUGUGGACUGAAGUUUCUGGAAGAUUCCCUCCUAAUCUGCUUGGAUCCAUUCCCUUUGGACUCUAGGAUCUACAUUCUUCUAAGACUUAUCUGUUCUGGAAUUUUGCUUCACAUCCUGCCAAUUUCAUACCUGUUUUUCUAUUUAUGGUCUAAGCUGUUAAGACACAAAGGACUCAAAAUUCAAUGACUUACAGAAGAAUGUUUCAGACAUUUAAAGAAUGGUUUUGGUUGGAAAGAUUUUGGCUUCCUCCAACAAUAAAGUGGUCAGAUCUUGAAGAUCAUGAUGGACUUGUCUUCGUAAAACCCUCUCAUUUGUACAUGACAAUUCCAUAUGCAUUUGGCUUGCUGAUUAUCAGACAUUUCUUUGAAAAAUUUAUUGCUACGCCUCUAGCAAAAACAUUUGGCAUUAAAGAGGAAAUUCGAAAGAAGAUUACACCAAAUACUGUCUUAGAGACUUUUUUCAAACAUUCCACAAGACAACCAUCUCACACUGAUAUUUAUGGACUGGCAAAGAAGUGUAACUUGACAGAGCGCCAGGUAGAACGAUGGUUCCGGAGUCGACGGAAUCAAGAGAAGCCUUGCAGGAUGAAGAAAUUCCAGGAAGCUUGCUGGCGAUUUGCAUUUUACUUAAUGAUUACUGUUGCUGGAAUUGUAUUUCUUUAUGAUAAACCUUGGGUAUAUGACCUCUGGGAGGUAUGGAAUGGCUACCCCAGACAGCCCUUGCUGCCGUCCCAGUACUGGUACUAUAUUUUGGAGAUGAGUUUUUAUUGGUCUCUGAUAUUUAGCCUUGGCUCUGAUGUCAAGAGGAAGGAUUUUCUAGCUCAUGUCAUCCAUCACCUGGCUGCUAUUAGUCUGAUGAGCUUCUCUUGGUGUGCUAAUUAUAUUCGCAGUGGGACCCUCGUGAUGAUUGUGCAUGAUGUGGCUGACAUUUGGCUGGAGUCUGCUAAGAUGUUUUCUUAUGCCGGAUGGAAGCAAACCUGUAACACCCUGUUUUUCAUCUUCUCUACCAUAUUUUUCAUCAGCCGCCUCAUUAUCUUUCCCUUCUGGAUUUUAUAUUGCACCCUGAUUCUGCCUCUGCACUAUCUUGAGCCUUUCUUUUCAUACAUCUUCCUCAACCUCCAGCUCUUGGUCCUGCAAGUCCUUCACCUCUAUUGGUGCUACUUUAUCCUGAAGAUGCUCCGAAGAUGUAUAUUCAUGAAGAACAUCCAGGAUGUGAGGAGUGAUGAUGAGGAUGAAGAGGAAGAGGAAGAGGAGGAGGAGGAGGAGGAGGAGGAGGAGGAGGAGGAGGAAGAAGUCAUCAAAGGCAAAGAGAGAGACUGUUUGAAGAAUGGCCUCGGGGCCAACAGGCACCUCAUUCCCAAUGGUCAACAGGGCCAUUAGCUUGAAUCCCAUGCAGCUCCCAGGGCACAGUGUGCUAUGAGGGCUACCAGAAGCCAGAGUUGCUUCCCCCUCCAUAACUGUGGCCUACAGGAGCCACAGAGACCCCAGAUUCUGCCCUUCCCUCUUUUUAACUACCACCUUCUCCCCUCCUAAGAUGUAUUUAACAAAAUGUUGUUAACUUGUGUUGAAAUGUUAAAUAUAGCAUCUCUAUGGAUUUUACUGCAGUUAGGACUCAGACUGGUCGAAGAUUUCAAAUAUUCCUCUAGAGAACCGUUUUAGUUCAAUUGUGUUCAUUCAUAUAUGUGAGACAUGUGGUUUUCCCAGGAGCUCCCUUGGUUGUAGGCCUUUUGACCUUGCCAACUUACCCUCAGGAUGGCUUGAGAAGUGCUAAGUAACCCACUUUUUCAGGUGUGUUCAGUCACAGAGAGCAGCUCGUUUCCCCUCCCCCCCCCAAAAAAAAUGAGUUUGAGGAGGCAAUGCAGCAGUGAUGGAAGGACCAACCCAGGGCACCAGGCUUCCGGGACUCAUUGGCCACUUUCUGCCAUGGGUAGUUCUUUAAACCUUUCAAGCCUUGGUGCUUCAUCUCUCCAACAGGAAUGAUAAUAUUUGCCUUGCCUACCUCCCAGAAUUGGAGUAAAGAUCAAAUGAGAUGUUAGAAGUGCAAGUGUAUACUCUCCACUGUGAUGUGACAGGGACCUGACCCUCUUCUCACUAUGAUUCCAGCUCUGUUUGGGAGAACCCUGGUUAAACUUGGCACUGAAAGGGCCUGAACAAAAGGCACAAUCUUUAAAAAUUCCUCUUAAGUAUAUCUGAAGUUAUCCAGAAAUGCAGAUAUCCAGAAGGCUGGUUCCAUUUUAUUUGGUAACUUUGUUUGUUUGUUGUUAGCUCCCCAAGGGUGAUGCUCAAAUUUCCCCAGAUUCUCCACCCCUAGACCCUUUGGCCAAGGGGAGGGAGCCUGGGCCCCAUUCCUUCUGGUCUUUUGCUGGCCUCUCCCUGGCUCCCUAAGAUGGAAGCUUUUCUGCCACUGUCCUGAGCCACUCCUAGGGCCACCAGAGCUGCCCAGCCAGCAGUACAAUCCAUCUGGGGCCCAUCUGGGAGUCAAACCCAAGGCCUGUUCGUUCACCAAGCCAUUAUUUCCCAGAAAGCCUGAAUCUUUGGGGUACAACAUGCAUGUGAGCUCUUGACCAAAGGGAAAUCUUGUAAACAGAAAGAGGAUGCUACCCUAUUUCAUCUCUGCUACCCAACCCAAUCAGACCUUGUAAAACAGAACUGAACAAAAGACUGGAAAACAUCCCUGAGAAGCUUCCAUAACAAAUGUUAGUCAUGACAGCUGCUGGGGCUACUGACUCUCUGGGAAGACAGAUUCAGAUAGAGGGGCCACCAGCCUCUAGGGGUGCCUCAGAGGGCACAUCUGAGCCCAGAGUGCAGGGCAGAUCUCAGAGACUUCUGGUCCUGCUGACUGAGAAGAGGCAGAGCCUUGUAGGGGAAGAGCCUGAGCAGAAUAUGCAAACACCCCCCACCCCCACCCCUACCCACCCACCCCCACCUUCACCAUCCCCCCCAGUCUCUCAUAUUUGUGGGCCACAUUUUGUACCUUUAUCCUGUUUUGCUCUGGGCCAGGCCAUAUUAUAAAGCCCAGUGGGAGCCAGGGCUGUGGAGAUCAGUAAAAGCAUCCACAUGGACUCCGCUUGAAGGGGGGCUACAGCUGCUGGAGCCGGAGGCCACUGCACAGCAAAGGUGUCUGUGGGGGGUGGGGGGUGGUUUUUUUUUUUUUUUUUUUAACAAAAAAGAUGUUUUUAAAACCUUCAGGGUAAAAAAAAUCAAAAACCAAAAACCCUUCUGAAUUCUUUCCUCGUCAAAAUCUCUUUUUGAGGAAUCACUAGAGCAACAGAAAAACAUAUGUCAAGUUUUCUCUGCAGGUUAUUUGCUUUUAUGAGUACAAUAACAUAUGCAUUAUAUGUAUAAUGUUUAAAUCUAAAAUGCCUCCACUUACUUUAGGACAUAGCUGUUGAAUUAUUAUUAUUAUUAUAUUAUUAUAAUUAUUUUUGGUGGAAGAAAAUCCCAUUGAGGCAUUAUUUUUUGUUUCCAGUUAACAGACUGUUUUUCCCUUGAUUUAUUUUGGACUUGUCUCUGUACCAAAUAUCUUCUCACUUAAGGUUAAAAAAAAAAUGCAUAUUGGCUGCUCUCUCCUCCAGUUCUCUUUUCGUAUUUAAAUGUGGAAGGUAAAUUGCUAUGCCAACUUCAGCUCACUGAUAUAAUUGGAAGCACUCAACUAUCUCUAAAAAGGUACAUACACAUUUUUGUAACAUCUUUUAGGGCCUCUGCGGUCAAUUUUAAAGGUAACCUUUCUUCUUACCAGAAGCAAGGGCUCCUACUAUUUCAGAUGACUUUAUAAAAAUGCAGUCCACUGUGCCAUCAAUGUUAUUGUAAUGAUAAUGACUUAACAAUAAAACAAAGACAGAAUCCA